AUGUACGACUCGGAAGAGUGGUGCUCGCCGCCGCAGAUUGAGAUCAUUCGCAUCUCCGAGGUCUUCAACCCGAUCGUCAACAACGCCUACUACCAGCAGCUUUCUCAGAUGCAGGAGGUCUGGGGAACGGAUCGUCAGCCUAUUCCGGAGAUGUCUCGAGCGAUUCCCAUCCGAACAGCCUGGGACCGCAACCGGAUGAACGAGGUUCUGCUCUUCCACGGCUGCAAGUGGGACUCCCUCUUCGGGAUACUGCGCCGGGGCUUCGACCCACGCCUCGGUGGCAUCAACACCGGUGCCGCCUUCGGCAUCGGCUGCUACUUCACGACGGUGGCCUCCAAGGCGGAUGCGUACACCGAGCGCUGGGAGGAGUGGGAAGGGCGGCCCAACUGCGAGAUCCCGGCGGAUUUGCGCUGCCUCCUCGUUGCGCGGGUGGCGCUGGGCGAGAUCUUUGAGCUCCGCGAAGCCGACGCCUCCCUGCGGCGGCCACCCACCGGGGCGGCCCCUGGGCCUAUAAAGACCCGACUUUACAAGGCAAUUGAUGGUAAUUGA